AACAUCUUCAAACCAAUUCACACAGUUCUCCUUUCAACCACUGCUUCCUAACCAUUCUUCAUCGACCGCACCUUUCUAAAAAUCAAUGGAUGAGAUCGAUGUUCCUCGCUUCUUUCUCUGCCCUAUUUCUCUUGAACUCAUGAAAGACCCCGUUACACUCCCUACAGGAAUAACCUACGACCGCGAAAGCAUCGAAAACUGGUUGUUUUCUGGAAAGAACAACACCUGCCCACUCACAAAACAAGCACUUGCAGCUGAUUGCGAUCUAACGCCAAACCACACUCUCAGGCGAUUGAUCCAAUCAUGGUGCACCAUGAAUGCUUCCAACGGCAUCGAAAGGAUUCCGACACCGAAGCCUCCGAUCAGUAAAAUCCAGAUUGCCAAGCUCCUCAACGACGCCAAAUCUCCAGAGUUGAAGAUAAAGUGUCUCCAAAAGCUCCGCUCAAUCGCUUCAGAGAGCGCAGCAAAUAAACGUUGUAUGGAAGCUGCCGGUGCCGUUGAGUUCUUAGCGUCUAUUGUGAGUUCAACAGUAGAAGAAGCUUCAAGCGGCGAAGCCUUAAGCAUCCUCUACACUCUCCAAGUUUCUGAAGCCGCUCUAAAGACUCUUAUUGGGAAAAACGGCGAAUUUAUCAAAUCCUUGAUACGAGUCAUGCAACGUGGCAACUACGAACCUCGCGCUUAUGCCGUUUUGUUGUUGAAAUCCAUGUUGGAAUUGGCUGAACCGAUGCAGCUGAUCAGCUUGCAAACCGAACUUUUCAUCGAAUUAGUCCAGGUGUUGCACGAUCAGAUAUCCCAGCAGGCCUCAAACGCCGCAUUAAAAUUACUAAUCCAGCUUUGUCCGUGGGGAAGAAACAGAAUCAAAGCAGUCAACGCAGGCGCAGUGCCUGUUUUGAUAGGACUUCUUCUCGAUUCGUCGGAGCGAAAGGCUUGUGAAAUGAUGUUGAUGGCGUUGGACAUUCUAUGCGGAUGCGCCGAGGGGCGGGCGGAGCUGUUGGAGCAUGGGGCGGGGCUGGCUAUUGUGUCCAAGAAAAUUCUCAGGGUUUCCUCGGUGGCGACCGACAAGGCGGUGAGAAUUCUGUUGUCGGUUUCGAAGUUCUCGGCAUCUCCGGCUGUUGUUCAGGAAAUGUUGCAGUUGGGUGUGGUGGCAAAGCUCUGCUUGAUGCUUCAAGUGGACUGUGAGAACAAGGCUAAAGAAAAGGCAAGAGAGAUACUUAAACUGCACGCUAGGGCAUGGAAGAGUUCUCCUUGUAUACCAAAAAGCUCUCUCUCUUCCUAUCCAUCUUGAAAGAAAGAGAUCUAGCUAGAGGCAGAGAAUUGUGACUUAAUUUCCCUUUUUCUGUGUACAUAAUUGAUUUUGUUCCACAAAACAUUGAUGAAAUAUAAGAUCUUUGCAAAUCACAA